GGAUGUUUCCGUAAAAGGCCGAAACUCGUUCGGCAUAAACCGUAAUCUGGACGAGACCACUCAUUACACAGGGGUGUCCAUAAGGUUGAAAAGGUGAAAGGGCACAGUUUUGGAAGUUGACAACUAGCAGCAGCGGACCGUAUUGCCUCAACGAUUCCUCGUACGUGCCCCCUAAUAAUUCGAUCGCAACCACCAGAAAGUAGUCGUGCUAAGAGGGCGCUGCAGCACCAUGCCGUGGUCCAGCCUGGUACUGAUGCUGGCAGCAGCGCUGGCGAGAGGUGGAGGAACAGACAACGCAAGGAGAAGAAUACUUGUCUUCGGCGGAAACGGUUUCAUAGGCGCAGCGACGGUAGAGAAACUCAUACAGCAAGGCAAGAACGACGUGACCGUCGUGAGCCGAGGGAAUUGGUACUGGGACUCUGCGACCAGAGUAAAGCCGCACGUGAGGCAGAUUGUGUGCGACAGGCAGAAGGGUGUGGGGACCUGCCAAGACCUGAUAUCGGCGGUCAGGGAGCCUGGGGUGCGGUUCGACGCCGUCAUUGACUUCAGCUGCUACAGCGGGGAUCAGAUGAGACAAAGUAUCGGUUUGCUGGGCGUUCGGGCGGGUCUGUACGUGUACAUCAGUACGGACUCCGUGUACGAGGUCUGCACCAAGGACCACCCCGGACCCACCCUGGAGACGGACGACCAGCGGCCCGCCAACACGGCCGAGCAGUUCCGGCUCAACCGUCUGGACGACUACGGAAACAGGAAGUUAGAAGCUGAGGAGGUGUUACGGGGGACCAAAGGUCUCCCAUGGGUGUUCCUGCGCAUCCCUGACGUGGUGGGGUCACGUGACGGGACCCGGCGGUGGUGGCUGUAUCAGCUGUGGGUCCGCCUACACGACAUCGUGCCCGUCCACCUGCCGCCUAAAGUUGCCAAUCUGGACAUCAGUCUUGUCCAAGUUGAGGACGUCGCCACCGCCAUCUUGGAUGUGAUUGACGGAGGGGUCAAAGUUCACAACCAGGCCUUCAACCUGGCCUUCAGAGAAACCCUGACCUUGAGAAAGGUUCUGAGAGACAUGGGGAGGCAGAUGGGAGUACUCAACGUGAACUUCAACCACAACCCUGACAGGGAAAUGUACCUGUACCCGACAGUGUGGAAGGGCCCGUUGUCCAUCACCAAGGCGGAGGAGUAUCUCCGCUGGACCCCGAUGAGCUGGGAACAAGCGGUCAAGGUCAACUGCCAGUUCUACGACUCGGUCAUGACGUCUGACAAGUUCGCCCAAGAGAAGUCUAAGCUGUUACAAACGUUUUUCUCGACGUUUGCGCUGGAUGUGACCAAGUCGCGCGCCAUAGCCAACAGGUUGAAAACAGUUUACGGGAUCAAGAUGGAAAAUUAUGUUCCGUGGUACAGAGAUGAGCUAUGAAGAGUCAAGUUUCUAGCUCUUUGUAUGUCGUUG